AUCGUCAUUUGUAAGGAAUAAGACGUGUAAUAGAUAAUGAUGUUUGGUCCAAGUCGUCUUACACACCUGUUUUAUCUUGUUCAUCUCUGUUACUCAGAUAUACGUGAAAAUUCAUCAUGCUAUAGCAGUGUCACAGAGAGUAGCGUCUGUUGUGCAGACUACAGAGAGGUGUCGGGAUCAUGUGAACCUUGCUUGGGAUGGUUUGGAGAUAACUGCAGCCACCCCUGUUCCUUUGGAUACUUCGGCCAUGGCUGCCGUAAAAAGUGUAACUGCAGUAGCGAUACGCAUUGGUGUGACGUAAUUUCUGGAUGCAUUGUUAAAAAUAGUAAUAGUAUGUGUACAGAAGACGCGCAUAAUCAAAGUUGGGGAAGCAAGAAAAUUCAUUUAAGUUUCGUGGCUUUAGGAUCAUCCAUUGGAAUAUCAGCGUUCUGGCUUUUAUCAUAUUCACUGCGGAAUUGUUACAGGAAACGGAGAUCAAAUGGGAGAAUGAAAGUAACCAUCGGAGAUAGAGAAUAUGCGGACAUUAACCCAGGCGAAUCACAAGGGGUACAGGAAGUAAAUAAAACAACACCGCAGGUGAAAAAUAUUAGACGGUCUAAAACCCUUCAUCCAAGAACAAAAAUGAUCAGUAGGGACGCAAAAAACAUUCGCUCAUGUUCGCUUUCACAAGACAACAAUGGCCGAUUCAAUAGGUAUUCAGAUGACUACAAUCAUUUGCAUUGUCUCGGACCUCAUACUGAAUCGUCAAUACCCGAAUUCAGUAGCAAUUAUAGCAAAAUAAAUCUGACCACAUCUCAUCGAUUUCACAAUACUGAUUUUGGAACGUACCUCGAGGACGGUAGCAUUGUGCCACUCAAUAUCAAUAACAAGUUACAAUAUUUGGGGGAAGAAUCUGCCACAGUACUACCCCAGAGAAUGGAAAAACAUCGACCACACAGUUCAGUGAAAAAUCACAAUAAAGUCCGAAACCCUGACGAGGCUUCUGUAGACCUUUGUGCGUACAGUAACACGAUGGGAUGUCCAAUUCAAUUCGAUGCCAAUAUCCUUUUCCAAGAUGAGACUGCACCUGAUGUUGACGAAGAUUUUGAUCAAGUGUAUGGGUUUUACAGAAACAGAAAUGUUCAGAACAUGACUCUGUAUUCUAAUACUUUGUAUCUGGUGAUAAAGCAUAGUUUACUUUUCAGUCAUACGGGACAGUCCGAGUGUUGUUCCGAUUAUAAAAAUGUUUCUGGCACGUGCAGAGCUUGUAUUGGUUCCUGGGGAAAGGAUUGUGAAUAUAGCUGUGAGUUUGGGUUCUACGGACACGGGUGUCGUGAGAAGUGUAACUGCAGUCAGAAUCAAACGUGUAACCCAAAAAGUGGAUGUGUAGGGAUCCCCGAUAUCAUUACAAAUGUUACAGGUAGAGGUAUAUUUCAGUUACAGCGGUCUCAGUCUAAUGGAUACCGGUUUUAA